AUGAAGUUCCAGAUCACUUCCUUCCGCGCAGCGGCGCUUGUCGCCCUCAUCGCGAGCGCUGAAGCCGCUAAACAUAGCCAUGGCCACAGCCAUAACCACGAGACUCGUAAUGUGACUCUGAAGAGGAGGAGUGGAGAGUGCGAGUUUCCCUCCGAUGCUGGCUUGGUAUCAAUCACCCCGAAUGAGGAAAACGCCGGCUGGGCUAUGAGCCCCGACGAGCCCUGCACACCUGGCAACUACUGCCCUUACGCUUGCCCUUCCGGUCAGGUGUCUAUGCAGUGGGAUCCCAAGGCGACGGCCUACUCUUACCCUAUGUCCAUGAGGGGUGGUCUGUACUGUGACGAGGAUGGCAAAAUCCAGAAACCUUUCCCCAACCGUGACUACUGUGAGUCGGCCGCUGGUGUUCUCAAGGCCCGCAACAAGUGUGGAAAGUCUGUCUCUUUCUGCCAGACUGUGCUGCCCGGAAAUGAGGCCAUGCUUAUCCCCACCAUGGUUGAGACGACUGCCGAUCUGGCUGUGCCCGAUAUGUCCUACUGGUGCUCUACUUCUGCCCAGUACUACAUUAACGCUCCUGGUGUUACCGCGGAGGAGGGCUGUGUCUGGGGUUCCAACCAGAGCCCCGUCGGUAACUGGUCCCCGUACACCGCUGGUGCCAACACCGACGACAAUGGCAACACCUUCCUGAAGAUCGGCUGGAACCCUAUCUACCUGGAAACUACCACACCCUUCCGCAAUGUCAAACCUGAUUUCGGUCUCGAGAUUGAGUGUGAGGGUGGUGGCUGCAACGGCCUGCCCUGCAAGAUCGACCCUGCUGUCAAUGAGGUCAACGAGAUGAUCGGUAAGCCCUUCGUUGGCGCUGGCGGCGCCACUGGCUGCGUUGUGACCAUCCCCAAGGGCGAGACUGCGCACAUUAUCGUCUUUGAGAGGGAGAGCGACGGCAGCACCUCGUCCGAGACCAUCGAGGUUUCCACAAGCACUCAUAUCGCCACUAGCAGCUCCAGCUCCAGCAUUAGCACCAGCACCAGCACCAGCACUAGCACUAGCACCUCGACUCCCACACCGACUCCUACUCCGACCAGCACCAGCACCAGCACUAUUGAGACUUCCACCUCUACCUCCACCCCCACGUCUACUCCGUCGUCGACUUCAACCUCGACUCGUACUUCUACCUCUAGCUCCACCUCGAGCUCCACCCCUACUGCUAGUUCCACCUCCACCACAGCUCCGGUUGUCACUAGCCUCAGCGCCCACCUGCCCAAGUCGAGCCCGGCAGGCUAUACCUAUCAGCCGCACGUUCUGACCGGUUCUGCUGAUAUCCAAGCGGCCUCCACGACAACCGCUGCCGCUGCCGCUGCAUCUACGUCUUCCGCUACUAAUGGUGCUACCAGCGCCACCGCCUCCAUGAUGACCCUGGCCUUUGGCGCCAUUGCCGCCAUGGUCGUGAAAUUCUAA